CUGGGGACCCGGCGGCUGUAUCGCGCCGCAAUAAGAAUUCUUCACUUGUGCUCUUGAGAUUGGGAAUUUUCUUUAAAACUAUUCAGCUACUAUGUCSUUGGAAAAUUCAUAUUCCGUUCACGUAGAGACUUAAUGGUUUUUUACCCUUCUGUGAUGAGCCUCAUACUGGGCAUUGAAAACAUUGAAUCUAGCACAAGACAACUUGCAAUUUAUUUCAAUAUGCGAGAAGCAAUAGCAUUCAAUACGCAUAAAGUAUUAUAUAAUGUUUAAAAAAAAACCACCAUAACUUUGUGAAACUCUGAAACCGCUUAUACUUUUCUAGGGCUACUUUUGACUGUUUUCGACGUCAAAGUAGCCAAUCARGCGGCUUUAGAUUGGCCGGGGGCAUUAUAGGUUAAUUACACUUACAGUAUGUAUUUUGCUGACUAUUAUUUAUCUCUUUAUCUUUUCAUUUUCCAUCACCAAUUAAUCGACGUACAGAAGCAACUGAUUGAGUACUGCCAGCGAUACUGCAUCUAUUACAUGAUUACCAAAAUGAAGUGAUGCUAUUAUAUUCUGGAUUUCACGGAACGCCAUACGCGUGGAUAAUGUCUGUGGUAUUCAAGUUGGGCAUAUCAAGAGGACUAUGGCAAUGCCGUUAGCAAAUGUUAUCGACAGAAGACUGGUUAGACUUGAAGGCACUGUUCCUUUUGGCCAAAAUAACAUGUUUACCAUGCCWUGUGACUUAUCAUUCUGGGGUAAGCCAGAAAACCAAGAAACUGUUGUCCAGGUGAUGCGUCGUCAUGGUUUUGUGAUGAAGACAUAUGAUAACACCCCUGUACCAGUAGGUAGUGAAGGUUAUGCCAAUUACUCAUACCYGAUCCCCAAGUCUAUCAAGAUUUCUCAGGAUCAGAUGCACAAUGAACUGAAUAAACUAUUUGACAGAAUGAAGGAACAGCAAAASAAAGAAGAUAAACUUCAAGAAAGAGAACCAGCAGAGGCCAUCAGGACAAAACUGUAUCCCCACCAAAAACAGUCUUUAGCUUGGAUGAUAUCCAAAGAAAACAAUGAAGAUUUGCCACCAUUUUGGAUAAAAAGAACAAAAAAUGGUAGACAAGAAUACUUCAAUUCUGCCACUAACUUUGCCACCAACAAUAAACCAUCAUGUGUAAAGGGAGGUAUCCUGGCAGAUGACAUGGGCCUUGGAAAAACACUACAGAUGAUUAGUCUCAUCUUGACAAACUUCCAUGGUGGAAAUCCUCUUGCUACAUUAGAUGAUGCUGGUACAGGUACAAGCAAGACUUUGAGGCAAAAAAAUAGAAGACCAAGGAAGGCAGCUGCUUCUAAGAAGUCCACAAGAAAGAAAAACAAAAUGAAAAAGGAUUUCCUUGUUARCAGUGAUGAGAGCAGUGUAGAGGAAAUCUCAGAUAAUGAAAAUGAAGCAUCUUUUUGUGAUGAUGAUGAAGAUGAUGAUGUAGAAAUGGAUGAUUCUACUCAAGUCAUGAUGAGUAAAGAAGAUCCUGAUUUUAAGCCUGUAGAAGAUGCCAUCCAGCAAUCAGAUGUCACAACAGUCAGACGAUCUGGAAGAUCAAGAAAGAAGCCUGUGAGAUAUGUGGAGUAUGGUAGCGAUGAGGAUGAAGAAGAUAGUUGUAAUGAUGGUUCUCCUAUUCCACCAAAGAAAUCCAAGGGGAAGCAAAGGGAAAGCAAAGAUACAAAUGAUACAGUGAAAGAAAAAGAAGACAGUGAUUGUCAAAUWAUUGUUUCACCUCCGCUGCCAAGUUUGCCGCUAGCUUCAGGUACCCAUGAUGUGGUAAUAACACAGCCAUGUACAGUUGCCAAAACUACCAAGACUGGUAAAAAAGCAUCAUCAAGACCAGUAGCAGCAAGCCAGCCAACCACUAGUAAACGGACAUCCCUAUCAACUAGUGGCCCAAGAACCACACUUGUGAUAUGUCCAUUGUCUGUGCUUAGCAACUGGGAGAAUGAAUUUGACACCCAUGUUCAUCCCAAUCUGAUCAAUAUUUACACCUACUAUGGACAAGACAGAACCAAAGAUAAAAAGGUACUAGAGGAGCAGGAUGUUGUAUUGACAACCUAUCAGACAUUAUCUGCUGAGUAUGCAAAGGGAAAAUCACCAUUAAAGGAAGUGAAAUGGUUACGCAUUGUACUUGAUGAAGGCCACUGUAUAAGAAACCCUAAAGCUCAGAUGACUAAGGCAGUCCAUGGUUUAGAUGCCGAACGUAGAUGGGUAGUAACUGGAACACCCAUACAGAACUCAAUGAAGGACUUGUGGUCUAUUAUUUGCUACUUGAGGUUGGAGCCCUUCUUGGAUCGUCAGUGGUGGUUGAGAAGUAUUGAAAGACCUAUAAGUCAAGGAGAUAAGAAUGCUUUGAGCCGUAUCCGGACCCUUAUGCACAUUGUAGCUCUGCGACGAACUAAAACACAGAAAGUGAACAACAAGCCAAUAGUUGAGCUGCCUGACCGUGAUGUAUAUAUUCAGCCUGUUGAACUAUCACUUGAAGAAAGAAAACUCUAUGACUCCAUGGCCAGUGAAGGCAAACUUGUUGUAGGAAAAUAUGUGAAAUCAGGGACAGUKCUUAACAACUAUGCUGAUGUACUGGCUAUUCUAAUGAGAUUAAGACAGUUAUGCUGYCAUCCAGGACUUUGUGCCAGUGCCUUGGCUCUUGUUUCAGAAUCAUUAAAUAGUGGUACACCAGAAGAGCUCCGUGAGAAGUUGAUUUCAUCUCUAAUGGCUGUGUUGUCCACUGGAGUGGAUGARGAGUGUCCUAUCUGCCUUGACUCACUAGUCAGUCCUGUUAUCACUCACUGUGCACAUGUAUUCUGUCGUCUKUGUAUUGAGAACGUCAUUAAGAGUGUUGAUCACCAGAAAGCAAGAUGUCCAUUAUGUCGAGGGGAUGUCAGAAAGGAACAGUUAGUAGAAGUUCCUGAACAAGAUGAAGAAAGUGCACAGCCUGAUGGUGACAAGUGGCAAUCAAGUAGCAAGGUUGACUGUUUGAUGUCCAAAUUAAUUGAAUUAAGAGCUUCAGACAAGGAUGCCAAGAGCAUUAUCAUCUCACAGUUUACAUCCCUCCUCAGUCUAGUAGAAAUCCCCCUCAAAGCUCAAGGUUUUUCCUAUGUUCGCCUUGAUGGUUCCAUGUCCCAAGCAAGAAGGGCACAAGUCAUUGAUGAGUUUGGUGAUUCAASCCCAGGCUCUCCAACUAUUAUCYUGUUGUCUAUGAAAGCUGGGGGAGUGGGUUUAAAUCUGACUGCUGCAUGUCGUGUAUACUUGCUUGAUCCGGCUUGGAACCCAGCAGCAGAGGAGCAAUGUUUUGACAGGUGUCACCGUCUUGGACAGAAACGGAAUGUUGUCAUCACAAAGUUUAUUGUUAAAGACUCUGUUGAAGAAAAAAUGUUAGACCUACAGAAGAAGAAACGAGAGCUCAUGUCAGAAGCCUUUAAGAAAAGGACCACAGCUGAGGAAAGAAGAAGACAACGAAUCAAUGACCUAAAGUCACUAAUGGAUUUGUGAGAUGAUUUCCUUGUUCUCUUGAAAUGUUCUGACAUUAAUGUCAGCAGGAUUGCCAUCCAGGACAGAAAUAGURACACAGUUUAUAUGUAAAAAGACUUAUGGCCAGUGAAAAGUAUUUUACCAAGAAAGAUGAGAAUGAAUCAAAAAUAAAUGAUAUAGUGCAGGAAAGAUAAAUGAAAAAUAAAAGAGUAAAGAAAAUAAAUUGAAAAACAAAAGGAAUAUUUUUAAUUGACUGGAUUUUUUCACUUAGGAGAAAAUCAUGUACUGAAAACUGUGUCAACAACAUUAAUCAAAAAGAAAAUAGUUAAAGAUCAAUCUGUUUUGUUCAUAUAAUGUUCUUGUUGCAUUAGGAAAAAAACAUGUGAGUGUAUGCCUAUCAAUGUGCAAUAUUACAAAGGCUAAUUACCAGACUGUAUGUCUAAUGCCAUUCUAUACUCUGGGAAAGUAGUCACAAUAGCACCAGACUGUAUGUCUAAUGCCAUUCUAUACUCUGGGAAAGUAGUCACAAUAGCACUGAUUGUUUGCAUACACUUUUUAAUAUUUUUUUCUUUAAUGCAUUAUAUUAGUUGUUGGGUUCAAAAUAUUAACCUUGACAUUGGUCACAAUAUGUUAGAGAGCAGCCUAUAUUAUUAGAACCAAAUCUUGAGUAUUUUUAGUUGAUACCAAUCUGUGGCUUUCAGUAUUUACAUUUGUUACACAUUUUAUUACAGACAAGAUGUAUUGUAUUAAUAUUUAUCAAAAUGAGGAAAUAUUAUAAAUGAAAGUAUUUCUAUUAAAUAAUAA